AUGGCCCCUUCAUGCACCCAUUGCCAAAAAUCUCCUCCCGAGGUCGUACUCAGGCGGUGUGCAAAAUGCUCCGCCACGCCCUACUGCUCCCGAGACUGCCAAAAGGCAGACUGGAAGGUGCACAAGAAGAUUUGCGGCCGACAGGCCAGCGGCGCGGCGCCGUCUUCCAGGAGGCCCGGAGCCGCAACCCUGUCACCUCCCAAGGGAGUGGAACGAGGCGUCGCCUUCCCGUUCAGUCGCCUCGACAACGACACCUGGCUCCAUGACCGGCCGGAGAAGGACGUCUAUGGACUGCUCAUCGACGCGUACCGCCUCCGCGUCGAGGACAUGUGCAGCUUCGAAGGCGAGGUGGACGCGGACGGCAUAUACGGCGGCGCUGACAACGGCCUGCCCGGCUUCCAGCGCUUCCUGGCGCGCGUCGCGUCCUGUCCUGGGCUGCUGCCGCCGUGGUGGAAUGAUGCCAAGAAGAGGGACUGCGAAGCGCUCGGCAUGGAACCGGCGCAGUGGUAUGACCUGGGGUGUGCGGUGGAAAAGAGCGACAUCAUUGAGAACUACGGCGACCCCCAGUUCCCGAUGCAGCUCCGCAUGUUUGCCGAGCGAGUGUACGGUCGAGCCCCGGGCGGGACGAACGGAGCGCCGAUGAGGCAGAUGAUGGUUGCCAUGGAACAGGGCGCGGCGCGGGACAUGCAGACGAGCCUGCUGGAUGUGUCGGCCUCGGUUGGUCGACUAUGA